CAUGUUUAUUCCAACAUUUUUGCAAAUUGAAUUUCUGGUCACACUUUGUCUCGUCCGGCAAAGUUUUUAACCAAGUUUAAGUAAAGUAUAAAAAACUAAUUUAAGUGGAUCAGGAAGUUCGCACCAACGAGUCUUAGAAGUGAUUUUUUUGAGAAGCAGUGAUUUCCUAUAUUUAUGUGAAAUAAAUACUAAUACCUAUCUGUGGUGAACGAUUAAGUCCCAAGCAUGGAGGAGCUGUGCAACAACUCCGGACACUCGGCUACUUCCAGUAGUGGGAGCAACUCGUCGAUAUCGGCUAAAACCGCUCUAAGUGAAUGCUCUGCCGCUUGGAUAAAUUAUUUGAGCGCUCUAAAUAACCUAUGUACUGCCGGCUCCAAAUUGGCCCACUCUAUUGCAGUUUUGGAACAGUGGUCCUUGAGCGAGAAGCCGUUGUUCAACAAUUACACAACAACAUAUUUAACAAAUUCAUGGAACGACUUGGCCAGAGCAACCACUGUGGCCACAGGAACAGUCAAGACCCACAUGUUGGCCUUACUGCAGGAUUUCGUCACCAUAUCAUCCAUGGAUCAGACCUCCAAUAGCGAGCUGGAUCAAAAGCGGUUCAGGGAGCACAACGAACUAAUUGUGUUAGAGAAUGCACAAGCUGUAAUCAACAUUCAGCACCAGUUCUGUGCAGCCAGCUACGAUGCAUUUUCUUCCCUAACCUGCUGCUUUGUUUGCCAAUCGCCAGUUGGAUUUCCACAUGAACAGGACUGCAGUGUUAUGAAGCAGCGCAAUCAAUACGACCAACGAUCUCAAACACCCUCGCCCAAUUUAUGUGGGCCGAGUACAAAGAUGGAUUCCUCCAGGGGAAACUCAUUGACUGAUCAACGCCCAAUUGCCUCUGGAAUUUCAGAAACAGCUGACCAGCCCAGAGGUCCCUCGCCUCAACUGAAUUUUUGCGAUGCCAAUCCAAUGCAGGCUAUAUUCGAGCAUACACGCGGUCCCUUGCCAAACCCCGGGCAAUUGCUGUCCAUGAAGAUUCCAUUUCACCGAAACGUCAAGUCAUCCUUAAGUUUUCCAUUAUUUCCACUGAACGGUCAGCGUCGAUGGUCGGAAGCGGCUGCUGCCGAGGUGAUAGAUGGGAUCUCCACGGAUCCAGAGAGCCAGAUGAGGAGAUGGUCAAUGCCAUGGGAAGCCUCGAAGACUGACAGGAACACAGUCACAUGGAACCAAACCAGGAUAAUGCCAAUGAAUACUUUGAAAACCUCUUGCUACAAGAUGUCCAGUUCAGAGCGAUAUACUUCUCACUCUGAUGGAAACUGGCCCCUAGCUUCAACGAGUCAAGAUGGGCUGUUAGAAGCUAUUCAAUUACUAUCCAUCAAACCGACCACCGUCCCAAUUCUAUCGACUUCUCCGGAUGGAGCACCACUUGACUAAAUUUCAACUAAUCUGAAACGAACAUACAAUUAAUAAUCAAACAUAUUCAUUAAAAUAAUCUUAAUCACUUGA